AUGGCUGCUGUGGCUCAACAUUUCGAGGCUUUCAAAACACGACUUGAUAAAGUCUUGCAUGAAAAGAAUAAAGUCACCGAUUUUCUGGCAAAAAUUGAACAGAAGACCGGAGUUAGACGUUUAUACAUUGUGAUAGCAUUGGUGGCGCUCCUUGCUGUGUAUCUGAUGAUUGGUUAUGGAGCUGACUUCCUUUGCAAUUUUAUUGGGUUUCUGUAUCCAGCAUAUGCAUCUGUGAAAGCAAUAGAGAGUCAUGACAAAGAAGAUGAUACCAAAUGGUUGACCUACUGGGUUGUGUACAGUGUGUUCAGUCUAUUGGAGUUCUUCUUUGAUAUCUUUCUGUUUUGGAUUCCAUUCUACUGGUUCCUGAAGUGUGCUUUCUUGGUCUGGUGUUUCCUGCCCAUACCCUGGAAUGGCUCACAUCUGAUUUACUACCGCUUUAUCAGACCAUUUAUUCUUCGCCAUAAGGACAAGAUUGAUGCAGCACUUGACGAGGCUAGUAACGUUGUUAAUGAAGCCCGUGAACUGGCAGAGGAUGCGAUUGCUGAUGAAGUUACCCGCAGAGCUCGUGACGGUUUUAAAAGUGACUGA